AUGGCCGCCCAGUCCACUCUCCGUCGCCCGGAGGAUCCCCUCCUGGCCCUAUACCUACACUACUCAGAACUCAUCCGAUCCCGAAUCCGCAAGUCCUCAAAAGCCACCCGUAUAGCUGCGACCAUCGCCCUACUACUCUCCAUCAUCGGCUCGGCAUAUGGUGGAUAUAACUGGUUCCGAGAGGGUGCAAAGGAGCGAGCCCAAGGCCACCGGCUACUACGUCGAAACUCCGGCAUUCGCGGCAAGGAUGGCUCGCGGACUAUCUAUGUACCAUAUAAGGGCUCCCGUACAUCCAAGGUUCUGAUCCACCCGACUAAGCCGACCACCUUCGAUGCCCAUCGGCGACUCUUCCUCAAUCCGCCCGCCUCUGCGCGCAACGGAGAGGAAGGGUCAGCCAAUCAAAUUCCUCCCCCAACAACAAAGCCAGGGUUAAACCUGGCCUUCUUACACCAGUUUCUCAGUCUUGGGAGUAUCAUGGUCCCUCGGUGGGGAAGUAAGGAGACUGGUCUGCUCAUGAGCCAUGGUCUUUUCCUUUUGCUUCGAACAUACCUCUCACUCCUAAUCGCCCGACUGGAUGGCGAGAUCGUUCGAGAUCUAGUCGCCGGUAAAGGCAGGGCAUUCACGUGGGGAAUUGCCAAAUGGUGUGGUAUCGGAACCCUCGCCUCCUAUACCAACGCGAUGAUCAAGUUCCUCCAAUCCAAGGUCUCGAUUGCCUUCCGGACCCGAUUAACACGAUACAUUCACGACCUCUAUUUGACAGAUAACAAUAACUAUUACAAACUUAUGAAUAUGGACGGCGGGAUCGGUCAAGGGCCCGAUCAGUUCAUCACCCAAGACCUUACCUUGUUCUGCUCGGCCGCGGCCGCCCUGUACUCCUCGAUGGGUAAACCAAUGGUGGAUCUUUUUGUCUUCAACUAUCAACUCUACCGCUCCCUUGGCCCUCUUGCUCUCAGUGGUAUACUCGCAGGCUACUUCAGUACGGCUGUCGUGCUCCGGAAACUGUCCCCGCCUUUUGGAAAGCUCAAGGCCGUCGAGGGUAAGAAAGAAGGCGACUUCCGCGGUCUACACUCUCGUCUGUUGGCCAAUGCAGAGGAGAUAUCGUUCUAUGGCGGUGCCGACCUCGAACGUGUUUUCCUGGUUCGCAGUUUCAAAGACUUGCAACGAUGGAUGGAAGGCAUCUAUAGCCUCAAAAUUCGAUAUAACAUGCUUGAAGAUUUGAUACUGAAGUACUCCUGGUCUGCUUUUGGCUACCUGGUGACUUCCUUGCCCGUUUUCCUUCCCGCCUGGGGUGGCUCGGGUGGUGCUAUGGAGUUGGCCGACAUGCCCGAGGGAGAGAAGAUGGGUCGAGAGCGUGGCCGCAUGAAGGAAUUCAUCACCAACAAACGGCUUAUGCUCUCGUUGGCAGACGCAGGCGGCCGCAUGAUGUACAGCAUCAAGGAUAUCUCAGAACUUGCCGGCUACACCUCUCGAGUCUACAACCUAAUUUCUACACUUCACCGCCCUAUUACCCCCCCUCGAGGCUCGCACCCGGAGCUUUACUCUCUCGCCGAUGCCCAAGGUACCAUUCACAAUGGUUUUGACGGAGUCCGCUUGGAGCAAGUCCCCAUCGUGGCACCGUCUCUGUACCCAAUGGGUGGUGACGAACUCAUCGAGUCGCUAUCCUUUAUUGUCCACUCGGGAGAGCAUCUGCUCAUCUCGGGUCCCAACGGUGUCGGCAAGUCUGCUAUCCCACGCAUCGUGGCUGGACUGUGGCCCGUUUACCGGGGUCUACGACCGUACCUGAGCGUGGGGACUCUCCGCGACCAAGUCCUUUACCCCCACACCGAAAUCGACAUGCACGAAGCCGGCGAGACAGACGCUUCAUUGCAGAAGGUUCUCGAUGAUGCCCAUCUGGGUUAUCUACCCCAACGUGAAGGCGGCUGGGAUACCCGCAAGGAGUGGAAAGAUGUUCUCAGCGGUGGUGAGAAGCAGCGUGUUGCCAUGGCCCGACUAUUCUACCACGAGCCCCGAUACGCAUUUAUAGAUGAGGGAACAUCGGCCGUCUCUUCCGAUGUGGAGGGUGUACUAUACGAGCGGGCAAAGGAGCGAGGUAUCACUUUGAUCACGAUCUCGACUCGUGCCUCCCUGAAGAAAUACCACACCUUUAACAUGACCCUCGGACUCGGAGAGGAGGGCGAGUGCUGGGAAUUCGAGAGAAUCGGCACGGAGAAGGAGAAGCUUGGUGUUGAGAAGGAGAUUCAAGAGCUCCGCAAGCGUUUGGACAAGGUGGAUGAGUGGAAGCUUCGCCGUGAAGAGAUUGAUAAGGAAUUGUCCAAGGUCUGGUCAAGUGAUGGUGAAAUUGCGCCGCCACCUUACCAAGAGAAGGAUCUUGCAGAGCCAGAGGUGGAGACAAAGACAGAAACGACUUCAGACGUGUCUUUGGAGGUACCUGCUGAAGGUACAGCCAACUGA